CUGCAAUAAAACCUUGUAACGAAAAAAUCAAUAAACAAGUCGACAUCCCUUGCUUAAAGUUCCGUAUGCCGAGGGAUGUACUCUGCCGCACUCUGUUCUACUUACAAACUAUACAUGUAUAAAUUCGCUACUCGUAUUCUAUUUUACAACUCGUAAUUUAACACGAUUUGGUCUUUAAUAUAUAUCUAAUUAAUUUUAAACCAUUGAAAUAGUUUAAGUAAGUCAGAUGUAUAUUAUGUUAUAAUUAAUUUAAUGAUAUUAUUAUAGGGUGUAGUUAGGUAUAGCUAUACCUACUUAUUUUGGUAUUUAAUAUUCCACAGAUUCUUUUGAAAUGGAAUUUAAGUUCGAUAUAAAAGAUUUAGCUGAAGCAGUAAUUGUGAGAAUUGAUCAUACUUUGAAACCUGUCGGCUAUGAUGAAGAAGAUGAAAAGUAUGGUUAAAAAUCAUAAAUAUCUAUAAUACGAAUAUUAUAUCUACAAAAUAAUUACAAUUUUUACAGUAUACAAAGAAGAGUUGCGAUGAUUAUUGACGAAAUGGGUAAAGCAUCUGCUAGAGCUCAAAAUUUAAAAAUGCCCAUAACAACAGCCGAAAAAUUAUCAAAAUCUGAUAAUAUAAUAUAUUUAUUGACUGAGCAAAUUAAUGAAGAGUAUGUAAUUCAUAAUUAAAAAAAUUGAUAUUUUGAAUAACAUAGGUAACAUUACUGUAAUAUUACAUAAUUAUUAGAACAUUUGCUGUUGUUGGAAUUUUAAAAAUGGGAUGGAAAAAAUUAUACCUUUUUGAUAAAAAAGGUAUUCGGUCUGAAGCUAUGGUGUAUUGUUUACUUGAUUUUUAUAUUCAUGAAACCAGACAACGUCAAGGAUAUGGCAAUCAAUUAUUUGAAUAUAUGUUAAAGGUUUUUAUUACUAUUGAUACUUAGAUUAUAGAACAUUAAAUAUAAUUCUUAACUGGUCUUAGGAUAAUGAGUUGGAAGCAAAACAACUAGCUAUUGAUAGACCUUCAAAAAAAAUGUUACAGUUUAUGCAAAAGCAUUAUUCACUUAAGAAACUAGUCGAUCAAGGGAAUAAUUUUGUCAUCUUUGAAGAGUUUUUUGAUAUUCCAGGUAAUGUAUCUAUAUAAACCAAUUGUUUUGUUUUUAAGUGUACAAAUCCAAAACUUCUAACAAGUACUUCUUUAUAUAUAUUUCAGGAUUAACACAACUAAAAGAUAAAUAUGACAGGUAAGGGGUUUUCGAUAAAUAUCAAACAUAUAGGUAUUGAAUGUAAGUAUUUUUUAAAUAGACUAUUAUUUUAAUUUGUUUAAAUUAAUAAUUUCUAUGUAGUACAAAUGGGUACAGAAACAAACCAACAUAUGGACGCCAUGCUGCUAACAAGCAUAUUGAUUCUAUGUCUGAUGUAAGUGUAAUAAUAUAUUUCUAUCUUGCAUCAAACUUCAAUUUAAUAUUCAAAUUUAUAUGUAAUUUUAGAUAUUACAAGGAGCUAGUAGUGCAACCCGAUUGAAUGACAAAUAUGUUGCUAACGCUGAUAUGUGAGUUAUAUUUUUCAAAUAGAUAUUAUAUUAUCUUUUAUUAUAAUUAUAAUUUAAACUAUCGUUGUUUUCACUUGUAAACAGUAUCAAUAAUAAAUUUAAAGACAAUAAACCAAAUCUUGUCACAGUUCUUCCUUCAGAAAAAAAUUUAAAUGAUACAACUAAUGGAAAGAAAGGUGUCCCACCAAAAUUGGAUCUCAAAUUUCAUCAUUCAAACUUAUGGUAAAAUUAUUUAUUAAUUAUUCUAUGGUGUAAAAAACAUUGCUUUUUUAACAGUCAUAUUUAAGUAGUAUUAUUAUUUGUAAUUGUAUUUGGUAAUAUUAAUAUAAUUAGGGCAUGAAUACACCGCUUAUUUAUAGGACAAACGCCAUUAAAUCAAUAUUAUAUCUUAACAAAUUAUAAUUAGAACAUUAGAUUUGUUUUAAAAAGGUUUAUAUGUUAAUAAUACUACAAAUUUGUUUAAGAGUUUUAAAUAUACACUUCUAAUAUUUAUUAUGUUAAAAUAAAUAGGUAUAUAAAACUAUAAAUGUAUUAAUAAUCAUAAUUUUUAAUUUUUAUUUAAAAAUUAUUAUAUUGUCAUAAUUAUGAUACUUAUAUAACAUUAAUUUAUGUUUGUGAAUUUGUGUAGAAAUUAAUUAACUAUAUUUGUUUGUUGUGUUGUCUAUAUUGUCGUAUACUUAAAUAAGUAAUACUUUUUGUUUUCCAUUUUAAUAAGUGUCAUAUUUAUGAAUAAGCUAGGUAGAUUACAUAAUACCAACCCCUAAAUUUAUAUAAUACUUUUUACUUAGGAUAUUCUAUAUCUAAUUUAAAACAAAGUUAUACUACUAUUGUAAUACAUUUUAAAUUUAUUACUACUAAGUGACUAUUUAAUAUCACUUUUUUUUUUUUAACAUAAUAAUAUAUACUGUAUUACCUAUUUUUUAGCUAUUAGUUAUUAUUUUGAAGUAAAAAUAAAAGGUUUUUAGAAUGAAUAAAAUUAUUAUUUUUUUUUUUUUAAAUUACAAUAAAAUAAAAUAACAAACAGUUAUCAAUAUUUUAUUUUUAGGGAAAUAUAAGAUGUUUUCAAAGUUUAGAUUACCAUUUUGUUAGGUGGGUAAAACACCAUUAACUUUUAAUUUAAAUUCAUAAAAAGAGAUUAACUUUUAAUUUUUAAAUUGAGUAGUUUCACAGGAGGUAGGGAAGAGCCGAACAUUAUCCAGAUACUGCUGCUACACAGAUGAUGCUCAUUGUUCAUUUCACACCCGUGUCUCUCUGCAAAAAAAAUAAACGUAAGAGUGGUAUAUUUCACCAAUGAGAUGAUUGAAAUAAAACAUUUUACAGUAAAAGAAUUACAAAAAUGCAAUUAAACUAAAAUUUCAUCUGUUAUUAAUUAAAUUUUGAUCCUAAAUUAAGCUUCCUAUUUUUAAAUUAAAAGUUGGGGUGAACAAGAUACAGAUAAUGCAACUUAUAACCACUGUGUGGAUCUUAAAUUUCUCAAAACGGUAAUUUUAAUCAAAAUUGUUGAUUUUUAGACUUGUGGCUCGUUUAGUAUUCUGUUUACAUUCAAAUGUAUACAUCAAACCACUGUACCAGCCACAUCAGCUUUAAAACUAUACUACAAUAUAUAAAUUAUAAAAUAAUGAAAAGUGACUUUAAAUAGGAAAAAAAUGAGAAACAUAAACUGUUAAUUUAUAUAUUAUACAUUAAAUAAGUACAAAUCUGAAAAAUUAUCAUUAUUUAUUAUAUUCGUGGAAGAACAAUAAUAAUAAUAAUUCACAAGAGAAAACAUUAUAAUUACUAAUAUACAAUCAUAUAUGUUUAAUGCAAAACAAUUAUUUAUUUUGUUAUUAAUUUGUAUACAGUUAACUAAAAAUUGUUUAAAAUAUUAGAUAUCCAGUUCCUCAAAUGACACUAAACACUGUUAUCCCUAUAACAUAAAUACAUAAAAUAAAAUAAUAUAUUUUGCAUUCAAUUACUUUGUAAUUUCAAAGAUAAUUAGACAACAAAAUUAUAAAACAUAAAAAAUUUUAAUGGCAUUAAUUAAGGCAUAAUUUAUUUAUAUUAAAUAAUACAAAUAAAUAUACAUUUAAAAUAAAUGUGUACUUAUGACCAGAGCUGGUCUUAUGCAGAUGUCAAUUUGGUCUCUUCUCAGGGUCUUGUGUAUUUGUAUGACAUUUUAAGGGUUAAUGAUAUUAAACAUUGUAUUAUAAUUUAAUAUUUCACAGAUUGUGAACUAGGGACGUCUCCAGACCUUGACCAUGGGUUGGGGGGGGGGUUGUACUAAGGUAGGAUAUAUUGAGGGAAAUUGAAUGCAUAUCUAUAUCUAAUCAAAUUUAAUCAUUGUCAACAAAAAAACGAUUCUGAGAGGAACUUGGUUAAUAAUACUAUUAACCAAGUAUUGCUCAAGUCUAAAAUAUGUUUAAUCAUCUUGAUGGUAUUUGGACCUAGUUGCAUUUUUACUAAAGAAUUAUAGAUAUUUUGUGUAGCAAAAAAGAACACUACAUGGUUUAUGGGGGGGAGAAUCGCCUCCCUUUUGUGAACUUCAAGUUGUCAUGAAAAGUAAUUUAUUAAUACUUAAUUCAGAUUUUCGGAUUUUCCCAACUUUGUAGUAAAAUAGUAGUAAACAACUUCUUAUCACAUAAUCAUGCCUCAAUAUAAUAUCUGUAAUUAUACUUUACUACAAAACAUUAUAUUUAUAUUUAUUUGACAUGGUUAUUUUAAUCCUUUUAAUAUUUUGUAAUCCAGUACCUAUCAAAAUUAUUUAAAUUUUGUUCUUGAAACUAAAGCAAACAGCACCAUCUUAUUUGCAUUAAGUGGAUCAUGAAGUCUACUUGAGAUCGAUUUAUUCACACUUUUUGAUUUUAAUUUAUCUAAAAGUUAAAAUAUUCCAUAUUUUUUUUAUUACUCUUUAAUUAGUAUGGCUUCAUUUUAAUUUUAAGGAGAUAAAUUGAAAAAGUUAAUCUCAAGUAGACUCACGACAAAUUCAAAUUUGUUUCUUGAUAAUUUAUCGCUUCACUAAAUCAAUCAAUAAGUUGGAAUUAAAAUAUGUCUAAAUCCUUACAUUCCAUGUGUGUAAGACAAAGACUCGUUGCUUCCAAUCCCCUUAAGUAUUAUUUCCCAUUGAUAUUAUACAAUAUUAUUACUAAAAAUGAAUCGUAAUAUUUUAAUAAAUUCAUUAUAAUUUUACUUAUUAGUAUCAUCACAAAAUAUAUUAAAUGGUUACAUUAAAAUUUCAUCUUACAUACAUAGUUCAUAACUGAAGCAUAGAUUUAUAUUCAUUUAAACAGCUAAAAUAUGUAAAAAUAUAAAAUAUAUUAUUUCAUUAUACAGUGUGCAGUAUUAACAUUAUUGUUUUAGAUUUUUGAUAUUGAAUGUCGUAUAUAUAUAAUUUUACACCUGUAGUUGAAGUUUAUAAAAAAAUAGCUGAUACUGGGGAUAGGAGUGGCCACUGUUGUAGGUGAGAAGUUGGGAAGGUAGGAUACAUAAAGUUAUUUCAUUUAUAUCUAUAAGCACUAAUAAGUCAAGAUCUCACCUUCACCUUAAGGCCGGCUCUGGUUAUAACCAUUAUUAAUUAAUUAAUAUAUAAUUUGUCAAAAUUUUUUUAUUUAUAGAAAUAUAAUCAAAACAAAUUACUUGUUUAACAUUGAAUUCAAAAUACUUUUUGACAUUGAAUAACGAGCUUCAUUUUCAUUACUAAAUUUGAUCCACUGUUGCCGUACACAAACCCACCUUUGCCUGUGUUCCUUAAGGAGUUCACUAAUUGGAGGAUUGUCAUCACUAAACUUAAAGUAAAAAA